AGACUGUUAGUGUGAAACGGUGUGUGGUGCGCCAUAUAUUUUUAUAUUUCAGUAGUGUCUUCAGGAAAUGUUUGGAAAUCGCUGCUGUAUUCGAGCCUCAAGUAGGGAUUGCACGAAAGUAUGAUCUUCGGGAGCAGCAGGAAUUGUGAUGUUUACGAAUUAUGAAUGAAGCUAUACAUGGAAGUAGUAAACUUGUUAAGUGCAAUCAGUGUAUAAUUGUGCAUAAUCCAAGAUUAUUUUUCGCCCAUUAACGGUAUCUUACACAGAUGGCUAUCAGGACCAUCAGGACCAUCAGGACAACGCGUAAAAAAGAAACCGGAUGUUGAUACAUGUUGACGUGGUUGUAGAGCAUAUUUAAGUGCUGGUAAAAUUGCACAGUGAUUUCAGAUUUAGAUGUUGGUAUUUUUCGCCAGUUCGUAUUAUUGUCUAUUGUGAAAUGGAACUUAACGGUCCAGGAAGUGCCCAAGUUCCUCCUUUUUUUUGCCACCCAAUUCCUGACUGGUUGAGGGUUGCUCCAUAUGAAAGCAGCACAGGUUCGAACCGAAGUACCUGAGAUUGUAAUCCUAAUGGAAAUAGAGCAAUUGAGAUGUCAGCAGACCCACAAAGAUCGAGUGUCACUGAACCUUUACAGCCAGAUCAAGAUCAAAGAAAGUGUGGAAAUUUAGUUGCAUAUUGGAUCCUGGGUCUUUGCAAUAAUUUUGGAUAUGUUGUAAUGCUGAGUGCAGCACAUGACAUCCUCAGUCAAAACUUCAAUCAAAAUUCAGAGGAAGAAAGUUCUUCACAUUCAGAGGAUAAUUCAACUCGUGAAUGUAACCCAACUUCAACUGGUGCAAUUCUACUAGCAGAUAUUCUUCCAUCUUUAGCAAUAAAGAUACUGGCACCGUUCUUUCCAUUCCUUGUACAUGUACGAAUGCUGAUGGUAGUUGUGCUGGCUGCAGUUGGCUUCUUGCUGGUAGCCCUUUCUACAAGAGAAUGGAUUGCAGUCCUUGGAGUUGCAUGUACAUCCUUGGGAUCUGGAUUAGGAGAAGUUACACUACUUUCCUACAGUUCAGUAUUUGAUAAGAAUGUAAUAUCAACAUGGUCUUCUGGAACAGGAGCUGCAGGAAUUCUGGGUGCUAGUUCUUAUGCUGGGCUCACUUCACUUGGCCUCAGUGCAGCAGACUCUCUGUUGCUGAUGUUGAUAGUUCCUGUAGUUAUGGCUGCCACGUUCUGGUUUUUGCUUCGAACUCCUGGUUCACGACUGCACGCAUGGAGGUCAGUAAUUCAUUGUAGUAAUAUUGACGAAGAGAAGACACAGCAGCGGCCAUCAUCAGCAUCAGUAACCGAGUCAGAAACUUCAGCAGUUGAAUCAGCUCAGCUGCUCACUGUAAUAGAGAAGUUUAAGUCAAUUCCUCCACUCCUGGUAUACAUGAUACCUCUGGGACUAGUUUAUUUGUUUGAGUAUUUUAUCAAUCAGGGUUUGUUUGAAUUGAUCUACUUCCCUAACAUAUGGCUCACUCUACACGAACAGUAUCGCUGGCUUCAAGUUGACUAUCAGAUUGGUGUGUUCUUGUCACGCUCAUCUGUAAACUUGUUUGUUGUUCGCAAACUCUGGGUACUUGCUCUUCUCCAGUUCCUGAAUGUGAUUUUCUUCACAUUUGAGGCUGUUUAUCUAUUCGUUCCUAGUGUAUGGAUCGUGUUUGCAGUGGUAUUGUGGGAGGGAUUGCUUGGAGGUGCAGCAUAUGUCAAUACAUUCUACAGGAUAUCUGUUGAGGUUCCAUUUGAGAAAAGAGAAUUUUCUAUGGGAAUCACAAGCCUCUCAGAUUCAAUUGGUAUAGGACUUGCAGGGGCCAUAGCACUUCCUGUGCACAACAUUUUGUGCCAGUUGCCAAAACCAUAUUAAAUAAUAAACUGCUUGAGAUGAUCAGUUUCCUCACUAGGAAACCUGUGCACCAUGGUGUCCUCUGGUACAUAUUACACCUGGAAGUCUAACAACACUUGAAUAUUUCCACUAACUGUAUGUAAGAGGUAUAUAUGUUGAAACAUGCACAAGUCAGAUUAAUUUAGUAUACUUGCCACAGUGUCUUUAUAUUCACUUUUAUCCCUGAACUUCUUGAAGGUAUGGUGUAAUGACAUUCAUUAACAUGGGAAAUUCGAGAGUUUUUUUUUUACUUUUAUAAGUCAUAUUACUAUAUAAUAAUGUGUCAUUCUGCUAUGUGUAGUGAACGUACUAACAAUAUAAGGUAUUCUUGUGACAAACUGAGAUAUGUAAUUGGUUCAUUCACUGCUUCAAAUGAAGAGAAAUGAAAUUGGAUUGAUUUGUGUA